UCCAUUUCUCCUGCCCACAUUCCUCCUUUCUCUGAGCUUCAACUUAACUGUUAUAGUAUUAAUUUCUCUCACUAUUUUUCCAUUCAACCAAACAACCCAACUCAAUCAACUGCCCCUCCAUUUUGAACUGCUGCUUUUACACAUUAACAAUGCAGGUUACAAUUUUCUUUUCAUAGACGAGAACGGUUAAAGUAACGAACCUUUCGGAUCUAGCUACUGAAAGAGAGAUUCACGAAUUCUUCUCUUUCUCCGGUGAUAUUGAACGCGUUCAGAUGCAACGAGAAUCUGGACAUCCAAAGACAGCUUUUGUUACAUUCAAGGACCACAAAGCGCUUGAAAUUGCGUUGUUGUUAUCGGGAGCAACAAUUGUAGACCAGACUGUUAACAUAAGACCAGUUGAAAACUUUGUGCCCAACCUUGAAACUCACGUAAUAACUGUGGUGGACAGUGAUGUGUCUGCAAAUCCUGCUGAAUAUAUUGAGGCUAGAACUAGCCCUUCUUAUAGUGGGAGAAUUUAUGUUACUAAAGCACAAGAAGUUGUUACAACUAUGCUGGCAAAAGGUUCAGCAAUUAGGCAAGAAGCAGUGAAUAAGGCUAAAGCAUUUGACGAGAAACAUCAGUUGACAGCAAGUGCAUCAGCCAAGGUUAUUUCCUUCGAUCGAAGGGUAGGACUUUCGGAGAAGCUGACAGUUGGAAUUUCAGUGCUUAAUGAGAAAGUGAAGUCUGUUGAUCAAAGGCUUCAUGUGUCAGAUAAAACAAUGGCAGCUAUAUUUGCAGCCGAGAGAAAAAUAAAUGAUACUGGAUCAGCUGUCAAAACAAGCAGAUAUGUGACUGCCGGAUCAGCUUGGUUGAAUGAUGCAUUUAAUAAGGUUGCAAGGGCGGGGCAGGUAGCGGGUACAAAAACUAGAGAAAAGUUUAAUCUAGCUGUGUCAAGCCUAACAGCCAAGGAUUCACCGAUAGCUGUGUAAAUUGAUGUCGAAUGUGCAGAAGAGUCUUCUAUUGUGAUGCAUUUGAAAAUUAUGUUGCUCCAAGCAUCAAAUGGAAAUGGGAUGCAGAGUUGAGAAAUUGUAGGCUUGGUACAGGAUGGGAGGAAUUUGUGUAAUGUUCCCCUUAUACCUAUUUGUUUUUGGUUUGAUGCGUGCAUAAUUAGUUUUUGCAUUCGAUAUUUUUCGAUACCUCUUAUUCUUUGACCGUAGGUAGCUCUGUUUGUUCAUUCCUUGUAAUUUUACAGCUUGUAUUGUCACAUUGGUUUUAAGCAGUAAGGGACUUAGGUUUUUGACAAAA